UGAGCAGCAGCAGCGGCAGCAUGAGCAGCUGAGGAGUUGAUCGAGAAACAGGAGAUUUGUUUAAAAACCUUGAGUCUGGACUAGGAGUAACAACACAUCUGCACACAACCAACAAGUCUAUCUAUUUCAAACCGGCUUUUUUUUUUUUUUUUUUUACUUCCAACAUCUGUAUUCGUCUUUUUUCUCUUUUCUUUAAUUCCAUUCGUGCGGUGGGUUUGGCGACGAACAGGAGGCUUACUGGAGCUGGCGGCGCCAAACAAAGACGCAGAGAGGGGAAAAAAAAAAGAAGAAAUAACAAGAACUUGAUGACAUCAGAAGUUAAUUUUCAACACUUUAGGAUCACUUGUUUCAGGAGGAUUUUAAGGUUUCUGCUGUGGAACCCACUUGGACCAGGAGAAGAGCUAAAAACACCAGAGUGAUUGUGGAGAAGCCCGAGAAGAGAGGCGAACACCUUUGAUCUUACCUUACUAGAACACUUUCUGUAGCCUGCCAUCUCAGCUUGACCUGCACUCUUAAGUUGCUGGAUGAAGCCACCACUCACAGCUGCCUGUAAAGAGUGAAAAACAGAGAGUAUAUAUAAAGAGACAUUAUAGAGACAUAACAAGAGAUAAAUAGAGCAAGGCUGCAUUAUUAUUAUUAUUAUUGCAGAGUUUGUGUCAGAGCUUGAAACCAUGAGAAGAGACUUCUGAAGACGCCUGCGCUCUGAAAACUCACCUCCAGGACAUUUGUAUGUGUGUGUGCGCGUGUAUGUGUGCACAUCUCUUUCACUUUCAAAGGACUUGAAUUGGUACUUGGAUGCAGAUUUAGCCCUGCAUUAUGACACUACGAGGAGGCUUUGAGGGAGCCUGGAUUGGCUGCCACAGAGGUGUCUGCUGCUGGCUGUUGCCGCUGGCUUGUUAUUUCUUGAUUGCAUCUGCAGCCAAACCCAAAAUGCCAGGCCACACGCACCUCAAUUCAAUACGCAUCGAUGGGGACAUAUCUUUGGGUGGGCUGUUCCCGGUACAUGCGAGAGGCAACGAUGGUAAAGCCUGCGGGGAGCUGAAGAAGGAGAAAGGGAUCCAUAGGCUGGAGGCCAUGUUAUUUGCCCUGGAUCGUAUCAAUAAUGACAAUGAGCUGCUGCCCAAUAUCACGCUGGGGGCGCGGAUCCUUGACACCUGCUCCAGGGACACCCAUGCUCUGGAGCAGUCUCUGACAUUUGUUCAGGCGCUGAUUGAGAAAGACUCUACUGAUGUCAAGUGUCUCAGCGGAGGUCCGCCCAUCAUCACUAAGCCGGAGAGAGUGGUGGGAGUGAUCGGCGCAUCUGCCAGCUCCGUGUCAAUCAUGGUUGCCAACAUCCUGCGCCUCUUCAAGAUCCCUCAGGUGAGCUACGCCUCCACAGCUCCCGAGCUGAGUGAUAACACCCGCUAUGACUUCUUCUCGAGGGUGGUUCCCCCAGACACCUACCAGGCCCAGGCCAUGGUGGAUAUUGUCAAAGCCAUGCGCUGGAACUACGUCUCCACUGUAGCCUCUGAGGGAAACUACGGAGAAAGUGGUGUUGACGCUUUUAUCCAAAGGUCUCGAGAGGAUGGUGGUCUGUGCAUUUCCCAGUCAGUGAAAAUACCACGUGAACCAAAAUCUGGAGAGUUCGACAAGAUCAUUCGCAGGUUGAGUGAGAACCCAAAUGCCAGAGUGGUCAUUAUAUUUGCCAACGAGGACGACAUCAGGCGGCUCCUUCUAGCAGCUAAGAAGGCCAACCAAACUGGACAUUUCAUCUGGGUGGGUUCAGACAGCUGGGGCUCUAAAAUCUCCCCAAUACUCAACCAGGAGGAGAUGGCAGAAGGUGCUGUAACCAUCCUGCCCAAGAGACAAUCUAUCAAAGGUUUUGAUCGCUACUUCAUCAGCCGGACACUGGAGAACAACAGGAGGAAUAUCUGGUUUGCAGAGUUCUGGGAGAAUAACUUUCAAUGCAAGCUCAGCCGGCACGCUGUGAAGAAAGGAUCUGGCAUCAAAAAAUGCACAAAUCACGAGCGGAUCGGGAAAGAUUCCUCCUACGAACAAGAGGGGAAGGUUCAGUUCGUGAUCGAUGCAGUUUAUGCCAUGGCUCAUGCUCUGCAUAACAUGCACAGAGAUCUCUGUCCUGGAAAGGUUGGUCUCUGCUCCAAGAUGGAAUCCAUCAACGGCACACUGCUGCUCAAGUAUAUCCGAAAUGUCAACUUCUCGGGAAUUGCUGUAACCCCAGUGGUCUUCAAUGUGAAUGGAGAUGCUCCUGGCCGCUAUGAAAUCUACCAAUACCAGAUCACAAGCAACUCGACUGAAUAUAAGAUCAUUGGUCACUGGACGGAUCAGCUCUACUUAGAUACAAAUGAGAUGCAGUGGCCAGGUGGAACACAAGAAGUCCCAUCCUCGAUAUGCAGUCAACCCUGUCGUCCUGGGCAGCGCAAGAAGACAGUAAAGGGAAUUCCAUGUUGUUGGCACUGUGAGAACUGCGAUGGUUACCAGUAUCAGGCAGACACUUACACCUGCAAGAUGUGCCGCUUUGAUUUGCGGCCCAAUGGGAACCACACUGGCUGUGAUCCCAUUCCCAUUGUCAAGCUGGAGUGGAGCUCUCCAUGGGCAGUCAUUCCUGUUCUAAUCGCUGUGCUAGGAAUCAUGGCCACUCUGUUUGUGGUCGUCACCUUUGUACGCUACAACGACACACCUAUUGUUAAGGCUUCGGGUCGAGAGCUGAGCUACGUGCUGCUGACUGGGAUCUUUCUGUGCUAUGCUACAACAUUUCUGAUGAUCUCUGCCCCUGAUGUGGUUAUCUGCUCCCUGCGCAGGAUUUUCCUGGGCCUGGGUAUGAGUAUAAGCUAUGCAGCGCUGCUUACCAAGACAAAUCGGAUCUACAGGAUUUUUGAGCAAGGAAAGAUGUCUGUCAGUGCCCCUCGUUUCAUCUCCCCAGCCUCACAGUUGGUCAUAACCUUCAGCCUGAUAUCAGUGCAGCUCCUGGGGGUGUGCAUCUGGUUUGGUGUCGACCCAUCACAAGCCAUCAUCGACUAUGAGGACCAGCGCACAGCCAAUCCCAAAAUGGCCCGUGGGGUUCUGAAAUGUGACAUUUCCGACCUGUCCCUCAUCUGUCUGCUGGGUUAUAGCAUGCUGCUAAUGGUUACCUGCACAGUCUACGCCAUCAAGACCAGAGGGGUUCCUGAGACAUUCAACGAGGCCAAGCCCAUCGGCUUCACCAUGUACACCACCUGCAUCGUGUGGCUCGCCUUCAUCCCCAUCUUCUUUGGGACUUCACAAUCAGCAGAAAAGAUGUACAUCCAGACAACAACCCUGACCAUCUCUGUAAGCCUCAGUGCUUCGGUCUCUCUGGGAAUGCUCUACAUGCCCAAGGUCUACGUAGUUCUCUUCCAUCCGGAGCAGAAUGUACCAAAGCGCAAGCGCAGCCUGAAGGCUGUGGUCACCGCAGCCACCAUGUCCAACAAGUUCAACCCCAAAGGAGGCCUGAGGCCAAAUGGAGAGGCAAAGUCUGAACUCUGUGAAAGUCUGGAAACACAAGCGUUGGCCUCCAAGCAGACAUACAUAAGCUACAGUAACCAUGCCAUCUGAGGAAGAGACGAACAGUGGAAUCGGAGCGACGGCCUGCCUGAGGAGAACUCACCUGAUUAUGGGAAUACUAGGGAAAUAUUUGAGGACUUUGAUGCAUCUACAGCAGAGAGUACUGGGGUGGAAAGAUGGGAAUUUGUCAUUCCAUAAACAGAAAGGGAUGUCUUAUUUUUCUAGAGAAUCAGGAAACGGCUUGAAUGCCAAAUAUGAGGAAAUUUGAAGAUGGAAGGAGAUGGGAGAUGCAAGGGCGAUUGGACAGUUAAAUUUCCUCUUCCCACCCUUUCUAAGGCACAUGUGAGCGUUGAGUUGUGACGUUUCCAGAUGCAGGCAGAGGGAAACAGCUGGAGACUACAGUAUGUUUUCCUUCUGAAGUGUAUAGCACACGAUUUCAGUUCUCUCUGAGGUGCUUUUUGUCUCAUUUCAACAAAAACAAGGCAAAAAGUAUUCUGUUUUUGCUCAAGUGAAACUCAGUUGAGUGGAUAAAACAGUAUGAAAAUAAAGUCAUUAUUUUUGGUUACUGGUAUUAUUGAGGUUGAAAGCUGCAACUGUUCAUGCCUUAUUACAGUACAUUAAGUAUUUCUUCAUGAACUAACCAUAUCGGAAACAUCGCAAAAACAAAGCAGUGGGUCAUCCCAGAUUUCUUUUAUAAAUGUUUCAUAAUGAUGAUGAUGACGAUGCAAUCAUCUUGACAAACCAAGUGUACAGUCCCAGAGCAUGCUUGUGGGAGCAUCACGUGUACUGUGCUGUGUUGUCAACGUCUAUGGAAUGCAACAUUUGUCAUAGUUGUCAUUCACAGUGGAGAUGUCAUAUUGGACCAUUACCCACUGGGUUACCCUCUGCUGAAUAAACUGUAAUUUCAAACACUAAAGGAGAAAAACUAAAGACAAAUCGCCAUGGAAUACCUUUUAUAGUUUACACCACACACUCCAUAAAUGUCAGCAAGGAUGUGAAGACUCAUCGAUGCAUACUUCAAACAUCCCAGAUUUAUUGGCCCUUAUUUAUCAUGUGCUUGUAGAAGCCUUUUCAAGCUCAUGCCGUUGGAUGGUUGUGAGAAAUGCAAGUGUCCAUGAAAGCAAAUAACUUCCAUCUUAGCCGGGAAAAAAAGAUACUAUUCUUGACACAAUAAUUAAAAAUUGGCAAAUGGAGUUCCCUCCAUUAAAUUACAACAUCCACUUUAUUGCAUACUUAGUUUUCUAUAGGUGGUUAUCUAUGUUUCAGUGGAAAGAAUUGAAAAAUUGUUUUGUUUGUUUUGUUAAGUUAAAAUAGCGUUAUAUUCUGUCACGCAAUGCUUGUUUGUUGAAGGAAGACAACAGCACAUCAGUCAGUUGGCAGAUGUGCUAUUUUUAAAGCUUGAUGGUGCAGUGUGACAGAUCAAAAGGACAGGUUUCUACUGGGAUCUCCUGUGAUUUGUGGAUAAUGUACAAGUAUUCUGUGUUCCUCACAAAGAGUGUUUCCCACAGACCUUAUUCUCUUUUGGGUCAUGAAGUUUUGAAGCUACAGUGGAAAUGAUUAAUGAGAGUUUUAAUUGUAUUUUCGGGAGAAAAUUAGGCUCGCACAGCUACUCAGCAUGAAGACCCAUUUGGAGAAGGUGCAAGCUCCCUUUCAUCACAGCUAAAAUGUUCAGAGAUAAUUAGGUUGAUGACAUGAAAAGCAUUUCCUCUGGAGUGUUUUACCUUUGAAUAAGCAACCGUUUUAAGGCUAACGCUAUAGCCUGUGAAGAUAUGUUUAUAAAUUCUCCUCAUUUAUUGGAACACUUUUUUAGUGAACGUCAGACAUUUUUUUAAUUUCAUUAGGCCAAAGCGGACUUUGCUCAAAUUAACAUCAAUAAUGCAACUGGGUCACUUAUAUUGUGGAUCCCACUGAGAAUGAAGAAUAAAGGCUGCAGCGAUAUACAGCUUUAAGCUUUAUUUAGGGAAUUUGGGGUUUUGGGCCCAUACAGAUACUGAUUGGUUGAGUCUUUAGCCAUUUCCGGACAAACAGUGAUUGCAUUACCUAGUACAAACUUGGGAGGACAUUAUUUUUCCCUGGAUGUAAUUUCAGUUGUGAAAUAAAUUUUCAUUAAACAGCAAAGAAUGAAGAAAACCUGGGACUAAAAAUGAAGACAUAGAAAAGGCCAAUUCAUCUAAAAUGAUAUUUACAGAUGGUCAGAAGCAUGAUUACAAUAAAUUCAACAUGCUGUUUUGUAGAUGAGGAAUGUGCAAGUAGUCAGUUAUUUGUAAUAUUGUUAAUACAUGGUACCUCAGGUUUGUACUGUAUGUCUAUGCUGUUCCGCCACUUGGGUUAAAAAAAAAAAAAAAAGUAACCAAUGCUGUUUCUUCCCUCUGAGAUACAUACAUUGAUUUUACACAAGUUAAGUUACAGUCUCUCAUCUUUAGAUCAAGAUGGCGGAUGUAUACUGUGGGUGCUUGAUAAAUAAGGGCCAGUGCCUUCAUUCUGUGCCUCAUCGUGUCCAUUAAACUACAUCUGCCAUCCUUCCCAUGGAUCCUUGGUGUUGUUUUUGUUCCAUCCACUGUUCAAACGUGAGGAAACAUGGACUCGGUGUACAAUUAAUAUAGGAUAUGUAAACUCCAUUUCUGUCUCCAGUCGCUGACGUAUUUUCUCAUAAAAAGUAACUCUGGAAUUUGUUUCAUUAAAUGUUAUCCUGAGAAAUGCAAAAAUAUGUAUGUUGCAUGUCAAAAUUCAUAAAUCAUGUGAACAAUGAGAGGAAUUUGUCCAGAAGGAAAUCUACUGCAGAGAAUUAUAAAUGACUAAUAUUCUGCUUGAAAUGAUUCUCUCAAAUCAAAACAAAAGGCUAGGGUGUUGCAGCAAAUGUUGUUUUGUCAUCAUUUGAUAAAGUAUUGUUUGUGGGAUUGUUUGUAUUUGUGAAUAUGACCAUUUCCUUUUCUUCUUUUUUUUUUUGACACAGCCCCCCUCCUUUUAUUUUUCUAAAACACUUUGUCUGUGUUACAAUAGAAUAUGUAAGUGAUGACUGAAAUUAAAUGGCAAGUUAAUGUACGUUAUAAAAAUGAAAGAUCAUGUCUGCUUUAUGUACUGAAUUAUUUAAAAAAGAAAUACAAAAAAGAAUUACAGUGCCUGGAUAUUUAUGAAUUCUAUAGAGAAAAAAUAAAAAAUGUGUAGAGCAUGUUCAUUUUUAUACAAGAUAUUUCUAA